AUGGCCGAGCAUAACCAGGCUAAUAACCAGAACAGCGAAGGUCUCACUCCUCUCACAGCACCUCCGUACUCGGGCACCAGCCCCGUGAGCCCCAUCAUCGGCUCAAAAAGUAUCCAGCCAGCUCCCUCCGAAGCUACAGGCGCUUACUCCGAGAAGCCUCCGCUGCACGGUGACUAUAAUGCACCCACUCCUAUCCACACGGAUGAAUAUACCAGGGCAUACCAGGAACAGCCGUACCCCGAUCAGAUCAAUGGACCCAGUGUUGGCCAGUAUUUGGUGAACUUGCCGUCGGAUAUCAAGGCGUACCCUGGUCAACCAACUCCCCAGAUUCAACAACAGCCGGGCGCGUACUACACACCGCAUGGCCAGCCGACUGGCCAUGCCACGGCUACACCUUUGCACGCGCUUUUAUCAGCACCGUGUCCGGUGGAUUGUCCAUGCUUCGGAAAAUGCGAAAUGACGCGAAUUGAGGCGGUUAGUGGAACGAAGACACAUGGAUGGGCUGCUGUCCUCUGCUGCUGCUGCUGUCUCGGAUGCAUUCCUUACUUGAUGUCCUCGCUCAAGGAUGUCAACCACUACUGCGGCCAGUGUAGUGCUAAACUAGCGAUUUGGCAUAACAGCGGGCUUGUCGAGGUGCUGCAGACCGGUCAAAGGAAAUAA